GCCAACGAUGAUAUGACGUUCGCGCCUCUGCUAUCCAUGCACUCGAUAUCAGACCCUAAAUCUACUAUCCAGAGUGCUUUCUAGAUCCCUGCAUCGUUAUCCAUUGGUAUCCUGGUCGGCACGAGUGGGCAAGUCACGAAAUGGCCACGCUACCUCCCAUCUCGACAUUGCCGUCGCUCGACACGGAAGAGCGGGCGAAAGUGCUAGAUCUCCUCUUUGAGCCAUGUCAGCAGCUCCACACACUGUCCGUCAGUUCACUCCGCGAAAAGACAUUCUCAUCCUACGACGAGGUCAUCGACGCGGUCGGCAAGCAACUGUUCGAUCUUUACGAGUCUAACCUCGAGAGUGACACUAGAUGGCUUGACGCCAUUCUCUCUGCCCACCCCCGCCUAGGCGAGAAGAAGGUCGACAGCGAACAGAGUCGUAAGGAGCAGGCCCAAUUGAAUCAAGGCGGAUCUGAAGAAGCCCAACUUCUCGCUGAUAUGAAUCGCAAAUAUGAGGAGACGUUUCCCGGCCUACGAUAUGUUGUCUUUGUGAACGGCCGCAGUCGCCCGGUCAUCAUGGCGGAUAUGCAGAAACGAAUAGAACGAGCGGACAUCAACCAGGAGAAGGAGGAUUCUAUCAAGGCUAUGUGCGCUAUAGCAUCUGACAGAGCGCAAAAAUUGGGAGGAUGAUCCUCGACAGCUGCAGCCAAGGGGCUACGUUCGUGAAGAUGUUUGCCCAUGAGCCCCUGUCACUUAUAUCUUGAUCAUAGAUGACAACGAUUGACGACUUCAUCAAAGACUCAAAAAGCAGUGGCAAGUUCCCAUGAGACAGGCGCACGUCUGGCCAAC